UUCCUCUUCUUCCCCUUUUUUUCACUUUUUUUUUUCUUUUUUCUAUCUUUCUUUUUUUCUUUCUUUCUUUCUUUCUUUCUUUUUCUAUUCAUUACAUAUACAGAAUAUCUCUAUAUAUACAUAACUAUAUAUUUUAUAUACAAUAUACACCAUCACCACGUACACAUACAUAUUCUUUCUCUGUCAUACACACACACAAAAUACAUAUAACUUAUCCCAUCCUAAGGUCACUUCCUACCAUUACGCCACUUUAGGGUAUCUUGACAUCACAAUAUUAUGGACUCUUCCCAAUGUACACUUGUGAUAUUAGAGCCAACUCAAAACUACUAUAGCAAAUUAGCUUAUCCUUAUAUAGAUACCUUGACUUCUGUCUUUGGAGAAGUGAUUUCACUAGAAUAUGAUGAAAGUUAUUUGGAUUUACAACAACAAAAAUAUCAUCAUAAUACACUUUUCUUUAUGGAUUUGGAUAUGGUACAAGAACCUGAUGAUCAAGUCUCUGUUAGUUCAUCUAGUAGUUCUUAUACAGCAACGUUGGAUUGUCGACUUGGUUGGAUAAAACGAUUAUCUCAACAUUUUAUUCAAUACCCUUUGAUAGUAUGUUCUAUGGAAUCAAGUUCUACUUUUAUGCUGGAUUGUCUUCAUGCUGGUGCUACUGAUUUCUUACGCAAACCUUUAUAUUUACCUGUUAUUCAAACAUUAUUCUUGAAAUUACAUCGCCGACAGGGACCCGAGUCUCCAACCACUUCUUCUACUACCUCUUCCACCUCCAAUUCAACUACUACUUUGGAAAUUGCCACUGCUACUAAAUUACAUCAAGAUGAUUAUUACUUUUUACCAAGCAUUCAACCUGAAGAUAUCAAUCAUCGAUUUAAAGAAAUUGUUACAAAAGAUAUUCAAUUGACUAAAGUGAUGAUGGAUAUUUAUGCUCCUCCUUUACCCUUUCCAACUAAAUAUAUACCACUUUCAAGUCGACAAGCUGAUGAAUUGAAAGUCAAACUAAAACAAUGGGAUUUUUCACCUUUUGAAUUCAAUCGUGAUGAAUUGAUUCAUUGUGUUUAUCUUAUAUUUGAAAUGACUUUGACUUCACCAGAAUUAUCUCAUCUUACUGUCACUCAAGAUCAACUUUAUGAUUUCAUCAUUGAUUUAGCCAAUGCAUAUCAUGAUGAUAAUCCUUACCACAAUUUUGCUCAUGCCGUAGAUGUUUUACAAUGUAUUUAUUAUUUCUUGUGUCAAUUGGAAAUCCUGUCAUGUCGAUCAUCCAAUGGAAAGAACAAAAUGGAACCUAAACACGCUUUUGCCUUAUUGUUAUCUGCUAUUGGACAUGACGCUGGUCACCCUGGUGUGAACAAUAUGUUUUUAAUCAAUUCAAGAACCCCUUUAGCUGUGAUGUACAAUGAUCGUUCUGUAUUGGAAUCACUACAUUCGAUGACUCUCUUCCAAUUAAUCAAAAAACAUGGUUUAGAUCAAUGGUGGACAGGUGAUGAUUAUCAAUGCUUUCGACAAAUCAUUAUUUCCAGUAUUCUUGCAACUGAUAUGGCUCUCAACAAUGAUUAUGUGACCAAAUUUAAAAAUGCUGCAACCACUUUACAACAUCAACAAACAAUAGAUCCGAUGUUAUUAUGUACAGCAUUGAUCAAAUGUGCCGAUGUCAGCAAUGUGACAAGACCUUUUCGUCGUGGUAAAGAAUGGGCUGAACUUUUAGUGGAAGAAUUCGCUUCUCAAGGUGAUUUGGAACGUGAAUUGGGUAUGCCUGUUCAAGCAGCAAAUGAUAGGACAAAAAUCAUUUUGGAAGAAUGUCAAAUUGGAUUUAUUCGCUUUGUGGCUCUAGAUUUAUUUACUUCUGUCUCUGAUUUACUACCAGAACUCUCAUUUACCGUUCAGCAAAUGAAACAAAAUCUUCAACAGUGGGAAAUCGAAAAAGCCAAUCAAAAGGAAAAGAAUCAACAAUCAUCGAAUGGAUUGGAUAUUUUAUCGACAGCGACAAAUACCACUGCAGGAACAAAACGUCGUUUAUCUUACUGUUUGGAAGCUUCAACACCUCCAUCCUUGAAUACUCCUUUACGACGAGGAAACGAUACCACAAAUUCACCAGGUUUCCAUUAUCAUCAUCAUUAUUUGAAUUCAUCAUCAUCAUCUCCCAGUAAAAAGAAAUCCAUGGUCGAUCAUUCUCAAUCAGUAUCAACAGAUCCUAUAUCGAAAUCAACUACCAAUACUUUUUCUUCUUCAUCAUCAUCUUAUUGUAUACUUCAAUAGCUUAUCUUCAUAUUAUUUUGCAUUCUCUCUUCCUCUCACUUCUUCUGCUCUCUCUAUUCCUUACAUCAUUUUUUUUAUCAUUAUUAGUAUUAUUGUUAUAUUCUUUUUUUUUCAUGUUGCAUAUAUAUAUAUACAUACAUUUGUAUCAUCAUACUUCCUUAUCAUUCAAUCCCCCCUUCUUAUCUCAAUCUAGUUUAGUUUAUCAACACACAUUGUUCACAUACUUGUUUUAUCAGAUUAGUAUCUCUAUUAUUAUUGUUUACGAUUGUAUUUUUUCUUCUUGUCCCUAUAUUUACAAUAAAAAAAAAAC